UUCCCGCUUGCAGGAGGAAGUCCUGCGAAUGCGAAGUCGAGGCAUCUGCUGUUUGGCGUUGCUGAGCUGAGAACCUCUUUCUCUCUCUCUCUCUCUCUAAACUCUCGUGGCUUCUGGUGCGAAUCUAUACAUAGCCAAACAGUAAAAGGAGCUUCAGCCUUCAGCUUCUCUUCGUCUUCAGGUGAUGGAUUCCAUAUGGAGCACGUUAACAUCGGUGGCGCCCUACAUAACAAGUCUCAUUGCGCUUCUACUUCUGCUGGAGCAGGUCAAGUACCUGAAGAAGAAACGCUCACUCCCUGGGCCUCUUCUGGUCUGGCCAUUCGUGGGCAGCGCUAUCUCACUGGUCCUCAACCCCGUUAAGUUCUGGGACGUCCAGGCUGCCCUGGCCAAAUCCUCCAGUCUGGGCGUCUCUGCUAACUACAUCAUUGGUCGCUUCAUCGUCUUCAUUCAGAACACCGAGCUCUCUCACCAGCUCUUCGCUAAUGUACGUCCCGACGCUUUCCACCUCAUCGGCCACCCUUUCGGGAAGAAGCUAUUCGGCGAGCACAACCUUAUUUACAUGAUGGGUCAGGACCACAAGGAUCUCCGGCGUCGGAUUGCUCCUAAUUUCACCCCCAGAGCACUGGCUACUUACAUCUCUCUGCAGCAGAGGAUCAUUCUUCAGCACUUCAAGAAAUGGGAGUCUCUUUGUUCCGGUAACCCGUCCAAGCCCAUCGUGCUUCGUCUUCUCUGUCGCGACAUGAAUCUCGAGACCUCUCAGACCGUCUUCGUCGGACCUUAUAUGACCAAGAAAGCUCGAGAAGAUUUUGAAAGGGAUUACAAUCUCUUCAAUGUUGGCCUGAUGAAGUUGCCCAUCGAUCUCCCCGGAUUCGGCUUCCGGAAAGCGAGGCUCGCCGUCAGCCGACUGGUGAAAAGCCUGACCGUGUGCGCUGGCCAGAGCAAGUCGAAGAUGAAAUCGGGAAAGGAACCAUCUUGUCUGAUCGAUUUCUGGAUGCAAGAGGCCGUGAAGGAGAUCGAUGCUGCGUUUGAAGCCGGGGAGUCUUCUCCGCCGCGGCAUACCAGUGACGUCGAGAUUGGCGGGCAUAUUUUCGACUUCCUGUUCGCCGCGCAGGACGCUUCGACGUCAUCGUUGCUCUGGGCUGUGACGCUCUUGGACUCGCAUCCGGAUGUACUCGCGAAGGUCCGAGCAGAGGUUUCUAGUAUCUGGUCUCCGGAAUCUGACACACUCAUAACGGCGGAGCAGUUGACGGAGAUGAAAUACACCCAAGCGGUGGCCAGAGAAAUCGUCAGGUUCCGAGCCCCCGCGACGCUUGUGCCGCACAUCGCCGGAGAAGAUUUCCAGCUGACGGAAUCUUAUACAAUCCCGAAGGGAGCGAUAGUUUUCCCAUCCGUCUUCGAGUCGUCGUUCCAAGGCUUCACCGAUCCGGACCGGUUCGACCCGGACCGGUUCUCGGAGGAGAGACAAGAAGACAGGAUGUACAAGCGAAACUUCUUGGCGUUCGGUGCUGGGGCACACCAGUGCGUUGGACAGCGCUACGCCCUGAACCACCUGGUGCUAUUCAUCGCCAUGUUCACGUCCAUUCUUGAUUUCAAGAGGCACAGAACGGACGGUUGCGAUGACAUCGCGUAUGUCCCCACCAUCUGUCCCAAGGACGAUUGUCUGGUCCACCUCUCGCGAAGGUGCGCACGUUACCCUUCCUUCGAACAAAGCGUCAUUUUAAAUGAUUAAAAAAAAGAAAAAUAAUUAAUAAAAGCCAGGUGGAGAGGGUGGCGCCUACUACUACUAGCUCAGCAGUCAGCAGGUAGAUCGAGAUGCUGACACAAACUGUAAAAGUCUGAGGAAUUCAGAGACAGAUCUUCUGCUCAACCAUUUGGUGUUGUUGUGGAAUGUGGAGGUAGUGCAGAAUCACAGGAUGUUUUUGUCGGGGUGCUGUGUAUAAUUGAUGGACGAUAGAGAUUCUUUAUUCUAGGAUAGAUGUAUUUGUGAUUGGAUUUAUGGUGGCGGGAGUUUCAAAUAAAUGGGAUGUACGUUAAUAGCAUACAACGUGAUCCAGUGUGAUUAUUUUUGUUCUUCUUGUUUUUUAUACGUUAUUUUUUUUCUUAUUAAAGAAGUGAAAAUGAGUAAAUGAGUAAUUAUUAUUUUCAGACUUC